CUCAAAUCUUUUAGGUUCGCCAUAGUGAACUGGCUCUUGAAGCAUGACCUCACACAUGAAAACAAAUUCCUUAAUAUUUUGGCCCUUGAUCAAGUAUGGUCCCCGACCAUACAUGCCUGCUGUAAACAAAAUUGGCCGCCCGUGCAAACCAGUCGUCAGUGCUUGUGAGCGAAGAAAAGGUCUGUGAUUGAAGUUGAAAUCACGUGAUGAUGUGACAAAAACUGGGAUUCAUGCAUGCUUUUUCAUUCAUUUUGUAUAUCAUAAAGACGUGAAACUUUUCUGAUUAUGAGUGUUGGCGCAUUACAAAAGAGUAUUAUUGCCAACGCAAAAAAUAUUUUAUCUCUUUUAAACGACUUGUCAUCUCGUUUAAACAACUUGUCCUGUUUUAACAACAUUGUUAUAAUUAGAAUUAACGAGAUGGCGAUGUCGUGUGAACGAGAUUAAAUAAUUUUGUUCGCUUUGGCAGCAAUAAGCUUCCGUAGCACAUAACUGGCACACAGCGAAGCACGUUAUUCUGGUUCUUUAGAAUUAGGGCACAUGGUAUGGACUGCCUGAAGUACUAUGGAGUAGGAAAAUAUGCCUCCAUGAAUGUACAUGCACAUGUACCAACAGACCAACAACCUUUUACGGAAUAAAUAGCGCAGGAUCAGACUUGAACAGAGUCUACAUGUGGUGAAAGGGAAUGUGUACGCAAGGCUGAAUUGCUUUCAUUCGUGAAUGGCGACGUUGUUGAAAAGCAUCAAUCUGUACAAGCGAGAGCGUUUUCUCGGGCCCAAAACAGAACGACUCGAUUGUUGACACGCAGUGGCAAAACUCUUGGAUGGCUGAAGAAUUUUUGUGUUGUGCUGAGUUUGUUGUUAUUGUGGACAGUAUUCCUUCCUGCCUGUCCUAUACCGGGAGCAAAAAUUGACGGUACCUCUACGUCCACCCACACCGCACCCUGCAUGGUCGCACCCGAAGUACAUGUAUGGGGCCUUUUAUACCUGCACAAUUUCCGGCUUUCCGUAGCUCGAUCUGUCGUGGUACUGCAUGACGACGAGUUGCCUUCUAGAUUGGUAUGUGAUAGCCUGAGACCCUUCUGGGCAAGCAGGUGAUUGUAAAAAGCAGCUCGGUCUCCACUACACUGCCGCAGUAUGGGUGAAAACGUCAUCUUGAAAUUGAAGUACGCCGUGACCGUGUGCUCUGCCUCGGCUGUCCUUGCAAAUCUGGUGUUGAUAGCGGCAUUAGUAUGGACUACUAAACUGCGACAGAAGUACUUCAGACUCGUCUUUAACAUGGUCGUGGCUGACCUGUUCUUCGCCACCUUUUCUGUGGCGUUUCCGUGGACCGAAUAUCACAUCAUCUACUCUUUCUUCAUGACCGGUUACGUGGUCUCUGUUCUGACGAGUUUGGCGAUUGCCAUCAACCGUUUUCUCGCCUUUACUCUCGGGUCGCCGUCCCGCCACGACGCGGUGUUCACGGGCCGUCGCCUGCUCGUCCUGUGCUUGCUCAUCUGGUGUUUCUCGCUUCUCCUGAACCUCCUGCCGAUCGCCACGUCCUCGGGAGAAGUCACAUUAUGGGUCUACGGACUGCUGAGACCCCUGACUGUGUUCAUCUCUUGGUCGGUCUUGACUGUCCUGUAUGGCCUCUUGUUGUAUAAAAUCAGGAAGAGCAUUCAAGCUUCCGAUACCACCCCCGAGACAUCGAUGAGCGAUACACGAAUCACCCAGACCCGCUGGCUGUUCGGCACAUUCGUCAUCAUUCCAGUGGCAUCGUUUAUUUUCUGGAUGCCAUAUAGCGUGGUCAGGGUAACCGCAUUUGUCGAUCCCAGUCAUUUUUUCGCUCAUAACUUGGACGUCGCGUACUGGUUUAGCGGUUCGCUCUACUGCUUCUCAGCCGCUCUCAACCCGGUGAUUUAUUACUGGGGUAGGCUCGACCGAUUAGGGCAAGACCUUUACACCCGUUUGGAAGAUGUCAAAGAACUGGACAAUGAGGCUGAACUUGAGCAGCCAACCACAAGCACUUUGAUCUAAACAGUAAUUAAAAAGGGGAUUAUAUUGAAUUAGUUUUGAAUGGGGAAACUCAGUCAAGUUACAGGUUUGAGUGAUAAAGAAAAAAUCAACUCUUUGGAAGAAGCCUUUAAACAUGCAAGGGAUACUUGUAGAGUCUUUUCAAUGUGGUUAUGUAUAUAGUAAUAAAGACAUAUGCGCUUUUCUUAUGGACAGGAUAAAAGUAUUAUUUCUCGAAUAAUAAAGUAUUAAAUAGAAUAAUUAUUUCAAUUAGUAAGGAACUUCUUGUUAGUUUCUGAAGUCGCCUUCAAAACUUUAACUGGAAAGAUUUCUUGUAAUCGUAGCCAAAUUAUAAUUAUGCAUUAUACCCUCUUCACAAAAGUUAAAGAUUUUGCGUGGCUCGAUGUGGUUAAUUCGAAACUAAAAAUACAUUUGUUAGUUUCUAAGUAGCAAAAUGAUUUGGAUGUUAAAAGUGUAGUACUUUUUAUGCUUAUAUUUUUCAUUACAUAGGGUCUUUUAUUUAUAAUUUUGCUCUCGGAAAAAAAAUUCUGUUCGGAUGGAAACGUCAUCACGUCGUUUAACAUAAAAACUUUUAUGUGACGUAAGUAACUCCAGCCAAUGAGCAGAAGCCUUUUUCUCGUUUAUUUUGCACACUGUGAGUAUACUUUUGUAGAAUUCGUGCUAUAUACAGUGUAAUAAUUGUUACCUUUGAAGCAUUCUGCGUUUGAAACGUUAAACAUCACAAUAAGUGUUGAUGUUUUUUCGCAGUGCAUAUUCUAGAAUGGCAUUUGCCAAGGAUUUCAUUACAAUAAGGAUUUAAACAAACGAAGCAAAUGAAUAAGGUGUGUUUGUUGCACGGAGUUGGUAUUCACGCACUUCAUUUUUAGACUAAUCUGCGGUGGCACCGUAC